AUGGAGAAAAUUUUAAAACUUAGUCACAAUGAUGGUGCCUUGUUGCUUGAUCCUACAGUUUUUCGAAGAUUGAUUGGUAGACUUCUCUACCUUACUCUUACUAGACCAGAUUUGUCUUAUUCUGUUCAGAGGCUUAGUCAGUUUAUGGCUCACCCUAGACUCCCUCAUCUGCAGGCAGCUUACAGGAUUUUACAAUAUGUAAAAAAUGCUCCUGGUCUUGGUCAUUUUUUUCCAGCUAAUAAUUCUCUAACUCUCAAGGCUUUUGCAGAUUCAGACUGGGCUUCUUGUCCCGAUAGCAGAAGAUCAACAACUGGUUUUUGUGUUUUUCUUGGUGACUCUCUAGUUUCUUGGAAACUAAGAAACAACAGACUGUUUUUCGCUCCUCUGUUGAAGCUGAAUAUCGGGCCAUGGCAUCCACUACCUGCAAAAUAG